AUGGCGGGGAUAGCGUCUAAACUGCAGCACGACCGGGAGAAGGCGCAGGGCAUCGGCUCCAACGCGCGGGCGGUCAAAUAUCUCGGCCAGGACUUCGAGGCGCUGAGAGCCAGUUGUCUUGAACGCGGGCAGCUUUUUCAAGAUGACCUUUUCGAAGCGAUCCCCGCGUCUCUUGGAUUCAAAGAUCUUGGACCAAAUUCCAGUAAAGUUUGUGGUAUCAAAUGGAUGCGACCGAUGGAGUUGACCUCCAAUCCCCAAUUUAUAGCUGGAUGGACCACUAGGACAGAUAACUGCCAGGGGGCACUGGGUGACUGCUGGUUGUUAGCAGCUAUAGCUUCUUUGACCCUCAACAAACAGGUGUUGUCCCGGGUGGUUCCCAACGGACAGAGCUUCGACAAGGAUUAUGCUGGCAUCUUUCACAGGUACUUCUGGCAGUUUGGUGAGUGGGUGGACGUGGUGAUUGAUUACCGGCUGCCGGCAAAGGAUGGAGAGCUGCUGUUCGUCCACUCAGCCGAGGGCUCUGAGUUCUGGAGCGCCCUGCUGGAGAAGGCCUACGCCAAGGUGAAUGGAUGCUAUGAGGCUGAAUAUAUUGUCUUAGCCGGACACUGGUCUCGACCAACCAGGCGAUACGUCACUUGCCGUGGAAGUCGAAGAAGGCGUCUCCAUAACGAGGGUCUCCAUGGAGACGUUGAGCCCGGAACACAGACCAGAAACAGCUUUGCCGACCUGGAUUCAGAGGUUCCGGCGCCUUCGUCUUUGGUGGCUUCCCAAUCAAGAUUGGAUCCGGAGGUACCUGCUUCUUCAUCCUCGGUUCUUUCUCCCUCUCCGGUGGCUUUUACCUCUGGUUCAGCUCUUUGGAGCUCCCAGCCUCACCACACCGCGAGGCUGCCUGAGAGACCGGUCCAUUCAACAUCACCAGCUGUCAUCAUAGGCAGCUCUAUGGUGAGAAACAUCUCGGUCCCCAAGUCAAAAACCCUGUGCUACCAAGGAGCAGGAGUACAGGACAUAACAAGACUGCCCAAAUGUGCCUAA